AUGCCCACCACAACCGCUGUCUCCGCACCGGGGAAGGUGUUCUUGGCUGGUGGUUAUCUGGUAUUGGACCGGAAAUACACGGCAUUGGUAUUUGGGCUCAGUGCCCGUAUGAACGUGAUCGCUAAGAAGAUUGAGACCAGUCAGGGUGUUCAGCUUCAGGAGAUCGUGGUUGCCAGUCCCCAGUUCCUUGACUCUCAGUGGCGCUACGGAUAUCAUCUCGUUCCCGAACAGGGCGGUAUCUUGGUCACUCAGUUCCAGGUCGGCUCAAAAAUCAAUGCCAACCUAUUUGUUGAGACAACGCUCAGCUAUGCUCUGACAUAUAUCUCAUCCGUAGCCAAGUCGGGUCAAGGGCUGGCACCGGUACAACUCACGGUGUUGGCAGACAACGACUACUACUCACAACCCCACUCCAUGACAGGCACAGAGAAAAACCCGACCCGGUUCGCGAAAUUCCCCACGCCCCUCAAGGAAGCGAACAAGACGGGACUCGGAUCGUCGGCUGCUCUCGUGACAUCUGUGACUGCUGCGUUACUCACUCACUAUCUCCCUACGACGUUGUUCGAUUUGUCAACGGAGGAAGGCAAGAGAGUGUUGCACAACCUCGCUCAAGCCGCCCACUGUGCUGCGCAAGGCAAGGUUGGCUCAGGCUUCGAUAUCGCAGCAGCUGUCUACGGAAGCUGCCUGUAUCGCCGAUUCAGCCCUUCUCUCCUGCAGAAUCUGCCCGCACCUGGUGCGCCAGGGUUUGCGCCGGCUCUGACUAAGCUCGUAUCCAGCCCGGAAUGGGACUACGAGAUCACCAAGGAGGGCAUUACGAUCCCGCCGGGUGUGGCGUUGCGCAUGUGUGAUGUGGACUGUGGCAGCCAGACCGUGGGGAUGGUGAAGAAGGUUCUCGCGUGGCGGGAGAAGGAUCCCGCAGGAUCGAAGAAAAUCUGUGAUGCCCUGCAGGAGAGGAAUGUGGCUUUGGGAAGCAUUCUUGCCAAAGGCAAAAUAGACGAGAUCGUCUCCGCGGUUGGCAAGAUCCGUGAGCUUAUCCGUGCCAUGGGCACUGAGAGUGGCGUGCCGAUUGAACCCGAGAGCCAGACCGCACUCCUUGAUGCUCUGAAGGAGAUUGAGGGCGUCCACAAUGGAGUCGUGCCCGGCGCCGGAGGCUUUGAUGCGGUUACAUUGUUGAUGAACGAUGACGAGGCAACUGAGCAGAGGGUGAAAGAAUAUUUGAAAGGUUGGAGCAAGGAGCAUAAUGAAAAUGUUAGAUUGCUGGCUGUAAAAGGUGAAAUGGAAGGAGUUAGGCCUGAAGGAUUGUCAGAGUACAAGGGUUGGCUGCCAUGA